AUGGAAGAAGUGAAAAACAAAAUGAAUGAUUCAGAUAAAAAGAUAAAAAACUUUUCAUGUUUUUCUUGUUUUGACAAUUUGUACUGUAGUAUUGCAGCUAAGGCAUAUAGGCAGAGAGCCACAAUAGUGGCCAGGAAACAAAGAAAGUUUAAAAGAGAUAUUAAUGCUUAUGCUAACAACACUGCUUAUUCGGUGAAAAACAGAGCUCGUAAUGCACACAAUAACAACAUCAGUACAGAGACAGAUUUUAAAGUGAAUAAGCCUGUUACAUCUAAUGUUAAUGCGAAUAGUGGUAAUAAUAACAAUUCUUCUGUUAUCUCCACAGACAAUAACGGUGAUAAGUCAGUAGGUGGGUCUGAGGCCAAUUUGCAAAAUAAUAAUAACGAUGGUGCCAUUUCUUGUAAGAAUGAAGGAGCAAAUAAUUCUAACACUAAUGCCCCUUUUUUGGUGGACAAACAAGGGAACAAGAGAGGGCCUAAUUGGUCCAAAGUGGUUCAGAACAAGGGCAAAGGAAUGACCAAAGGCAAGAAGAAGUGGUAG